AACGUCAAUGUGCCUUUCCCAAUUAUUUUAUCAUGAUUAAUGAAAUCUGCCCACUACACCCCAUCUAUAGGUAUGUCGUCUAGGCAUGUUUUAGUUUCCACAUAAAUUGCCAUCGAAAAGGCAAAACAAGGUUCGCGUUGUUGUACGUGUCACAAUAUUGGCUGUAUUCCAGAAAUGUCUUGUGUAGUUCUUAAAACCCACCCGGAAAAAAACAAGUAAUAAAAAACAUGCUAUUCUCAAUUAAUUGAAAUACUUUUACAAUAAACAUCCUGAUUACAAUGGAUACUUUUUGCACCGCUGACAUGAGAAUUUUAUGCUAAUAGUUACAUCGGAACUACAUUUCCCAGAGGGUACUACAAUCUUAUUGACUGUUUUAAGAGGAGAGGAGACUGCUUUCAACUCCUCAUUUAUAGCCAGCAGGAACACAUUGUUGGUGAAUUUKUAUUAAUGUUUGUAUAGUCUUUAGCUGGUCCAUAACGAUUUGUUGUAUAACUAUCAGUUUCAAAGUAACAUUUAAAAAAUAUAUAUAUUCAUUGUCACUGGACCAAUAGCUAGCAGCUUGUGCUAACUAGCUAGCUUCACGGCUUAGCUAGGUCGGUGAGCCUAGUUAGUUACUAAAAUACCAACACAUUGUUUUUAGUAUGAGUUUUUUUAUGAGUUAUUUGAUACUGAUAACUGGCUAGAUAACAUAUUGCGCGAUUUCAAAACAAAUCCAUCUACUUGAAUCAAAAGAGAGGUUAACUAACUAGCCAUUGUGCGCAUCGAGGAAAUCGCAACAAAGAAAACGUUUUUUGUUUUGCUGGAUCAGCUGGCUCGCGAGCUGUGUUGUAAACGACGACGUUCCCUGCCAACCGUUAGCAAGAUUAACUAGUUGGCUAUUUUGCCAUGGCGCAACAUGGGCCUGUUCACGUAGCAAGCUCACAAAAAGCAUUAAUGCUCGAAAUGAAGAGCCUUCAAGAGGAGCCAGUCGAGGGCUUCAAAAUAACAUUGGUCGAUGAAGCAGAUCUCUACAAUUGGGAAGUGGCCAUUUUUGGACCUCCUAACACUCACUAUGAAGGGGGCUAUUUCAAGGCUCGUAUCAAGUUCCCCAUUGACUACCCCUACUCGCCACCUGCCUUCCGUUUCCUCACCAAGAUGUGGCACCCCAACAUCUAUGAGAAUGGGGACGUAUGUAUAUCCAUUCUGCACCCUCCAGUUGAUGACCCUCAGAGUGGGGAGCUGCCAUCUGAGAGGUGGAACCCUACCCAGAAUGUUAGGACCAUCCUUCUGAGUGUAAUCUCUCUGCUGAACGAGCCCAACACCUCCUCCCCGGCCAACGUGGACGCCUCCGUCAUGUACCGCAAGUGGAGGGACAGCAAGGACAGAGAGUAUGCCGAGAUAAUCAGGUCAGUAAACAUAUGCACAAGGACAGAGAGUACAGCACACACACUUAUUCAGCCCCUCUAUCUCUGUGUGUGUCUCAGGAAGCAGGUAUUGGCCACUAAGGCUGAAGCGGAGCGCGACGGGGUGAAGGUCCCCACAACACUGGCCGAAUACUGUGUCCGCACACGGGCCCCGCCCCCCGACGAGGGUUCCGACCUCUUCUACGACGAUUACUAUGACGACGAGGAUCUGGAAGACGAAGACGAGGACGACUGCUGCUAUGAUGAAGACGACUCUGGGACGGAGGAGUCGUGACGCGUUCUACCUGGGAACCUGGACGGCUGACGCGUGCGUUCCCUGAACUCUCCUCCCGUAGGAGAGACUUUUCAGGAAGGACUGCUUCACAUAUUUUAAACCUCUCACUUUUUCUAUCCUCAGAAUCCAAGCACACUGUCAUCUGUGCAAAGUCUGCACCUGUUAUUUGCAGGAAGUAUCGACUAAAAUUAAACUAAACUCGGCAUGCUACCUUAUGACCCUGUUUGACUAUCUGGAAUAAACAGGUGUAAACAUUGCGCUGGUGAAAACACUUGGUAAAUCAGGCACAUGAGUUGGCUCUCUAAGUUUUCCCUUCCUCAGCUUGCCGCCUCCUAGUUCACUCACACCUAUAGUCAGAUAGUGUUUUGCCUGAACAGGCGACUGAAGACUUCUUCACCUGUCAUGGUGUCUGUGUGAGCGACACGCCACUGAACCUACAGCAGAACUUAUGUAUCUCCAAGAUGAGGUUCUGUCUGGCUUCUCUCCUCCCUUACAUUUUUGUGCGAGGGGAAAACUGACUGUCAACAUGUUGUUUCUGCAUGUCAGACAUCUUGUACACAAUCAUAUGUGCCGGCAUACUGGUUUGAUUGAAUUUAGAAAAAAAUACUAUUGUGAUCAUGGAGACACCAAUGACUGUCUGGUGGACCCCAGGAUGCGCUUGAGCUGCGGGCCAAACCCAGUUUGAAUGUUUUAGCAGCGUUUCAAAAACAUUUUGCUGGCCUAGCCGUAACUGUCUGAGGUGUUUUUCUGUUUGAGAGUGGGGUAAGUGAUUCUAAAGCACUCAAUGUAACGUUGUCGUGGCAACUGGUUUUCCUGCAUCUGGACAGAAUUCUCUGAGACCCACACCUUUCUCCUCAAGGUUCUCCUCUGCAAAGCAUGAUGGAGCCAGAGACAAGUCUUUGGUAUAGCCCAGCAACUGUAUGGAGAGGAGGGGAAAAGUGCUUUAUGGGUUUAGCGUAAUGAAUUGCUGUUUCCUGUUUUUAUUCUCCUUUCAUUGAGAAUUAUGCCAGUAGUCUUUUUUUAGAGAAUGAUUUAAAAUGUCCUUGGGUCAUAGAGUCGAUCUUUGUGGUUUUCUGUAGGAAGAUUGUGUAUCUCUGCUGAAAAUAUGUUGUGGCAGUAUCAGUCAGCAAGCCUCGGGAAUUGGGGAAAGAAAAUGGCUGCCACUUUUGUUUUUACUUUUGUGUGUGCAAGUGGAGGGUGCUAUCAUGAAUCUCCAAGUAGCGAUGUGUUUGCGUGUAUCAGCAAUAUUGGAUGUUGCUUUUAUUCUAAUUUGGCUUAAUUUAACUUUAACUCUCAGGAUAUUUAAGAAUGA